AUAGCGCUUAUAUUCCCGCUAUUGUUGGCAAUAUUCCCAGCCUUUGCUCCCAGUGUUAGCGCAUUGCACGCGAUGUACAGAUGUGGUCUACGAUUACAGUUACGCUUUGACAGCGCUUUCGCUGCCAUCUGUUGUCCACUGACUCUCGCAUUCAAAACACGUUAUUUCAAAUGCAUUAAAUCUCUUGUGGCGGACGUCAGCGAUGGAAACGCCGGCCAAUCGGCGCCCGAAUCGCUGGAUUCAGUGGCCGAAGAGUUGGUCUCCGCCAUCAGUGGCAAGAAAUUGGUGACAAUCAUCAGUGACAACGAUUUGUGGACCAAAUUCUUGCGCAAGACAUUGAAGACGGCGUUGAGUGAGGGAUCAGAUGAGACGACUGGCGCUAAACUGUUGGCAGUAAUCCAUGAGUUGAUCGCAAAAUUGCCGACAAAUGGCAAGACAUCACUCGAGACCACUCUAGACAUGAUAUGCGGUCACUCGCUGUUCAAAGACAUACUCAUUGAUUACAAGUACAUCGACUCUCACCUCAAGUAUCAAUUGGUGUCAAUCCUGUGUGAGAUCUACGACAAGGACUUGAAACUAAUCAAUGAUCGGAUGAACAGCAAUAGGGAUACGAUUGCAUUGAUUUUAAGCUCAUAUAACUUAUCGCUCAAUAAAUGCGAUCAAAAACUUCUCAAACUCUUGUGUCAUAUGGAGACCAAUGGACACAAUCUCCACAAAUAUCAGCCAUUCCUCUGGGGAAUGAAUGGUGCGAUUCAUUACUCGAUCAAAAGCAUGCAAAAGGAAGCGCUUCUUAAAGAGCCAAAGAUGGAGCAAAUCUUGUCGUCGAUUAACGAAAACCAAUUGAAAUACACUUUAAAUAACUUUCCCAUUGAUUUGCCACUGAAUCCCAUUGAAGUGAUUGAUGCCAGUGAUAGUCAUUAUUUAACUGAUCCGCGAUUCCUGUUACCACUUCUAUACAAUUUGUUGUCCAACCAAUCGGUGGUUAAAUGCCAUAAAUUUGUAUCAUUUGGAUGCAUGUCGUACGCCAUCGCCGGCCUAUCCAGUCGUGACCAAGACAUGCGAUCUCUGGCCUAUAGUGUGCUGAAUCGGUUCCAUUCGCACCUCGAAGUCGCCUCUUUCCCAAAAGAUCGCUUCCUAUGGAUUGCGAUCAUUGAUUGCAUCAGAAGUGGUAUCACUGAAGACAACGUUCGCAUUCCGAGUCUAAUCACUGUCUUUAUGGUCAGAAUAAUUGCUGUAUUAUUACAUCCGAACGAUAAGCUGUUCAAUAGUGUCCGCAAUUUUCUGGUCAAUCGGCCGACCAUUCAGUUGAAUGUUUUGCCAGAUUUCUAUCAAAACAUCUAUUCAUCGGAUAUCGAGACACAUAAACGUCUUCAACGGUUUGUCAUCUCUUGGAUAUGCGAUGGACUGCGAAGUGAAGAAGAUAUCAAACUGUGUUUAAAGCGUAAUGUCUUCCGAGAGUUAAUGGUUUUGUUUGACUCGUGUCUCACAGAAGCCGAGAAUCAGAUCUUAAUAUUGAUGGCAUUGCGGCGGACGUGCCGUCACUAUAAGGGCGUCAAAGUGUUGUGCACUGAAAACGCAUUCUUCUGUUGGUUAAGACAAAGUCUCUUCAAUUUGAACGUCGAGUCCAGCGAUUGUCAAUUCCUUGCGGACGAGAUCUUUGCCAUUCUUGACACCAUUUGGCGGACAAUCAAUGGCUAUAAUUGCUCGCAAGACAGUCACCAACUAUUGUAUCCAUCAUUUUAUUACGAAUUGAUUGAUACCUUAAGAACAGUUGCGGAGAUUAAACCACAAAGUGAUGAGAAAAUUGUUAAAUAUCUGCAAAUAUGCGAUGAAGGGGAAAACAAGUUGAACCUCUCAUUCAAAGUGAGUGACAGAGGAAUAGUUAUUAUUAUUAUAUUAAUCGACAAUAUAUUUGACGGAAAGAUGUGUUCAUUAAUGCCAACAGUUUUACGAAUAAAUUUCAUACAAAGUCAAAAGUGUUUGACAUAUAAUAUAGCAAAGCGUUUGAAUAGUAGCCAAACGUCGGGUGGAUUUAACUUUACGCUCACUUCAGAGCAGAAAUCACUCGAAGAUUUGGCAGAAAAGUUUGCCAAAGAAGAGAUCAUUCCAGUGGCCGCUCAUUACGACCAGACGGGAGACUUUCCAUGGGAUUUGGUUAAGAAAGCCCAAGCAUUAGGGCUCAGAAAUUUGGGCGUCCCUACAGAGUAUGGGGGCGGAGGGCUAUCACUCUUUGACAAUUGCCUUAUAAGUGAGAAACUUGGUUAUGGAUGCACUGGUAUUAUGUCUGCGAUCAACUCAACCGGGUUAGCUCAGGCACCGGUUCAGCUCUUUGGAAAUGAUGACCAGAAAAAGCGAUUUUUGGGUCGAAUGACGGGUUCGGAGGCGUUGUGUGCGGCCUAUUGUACGACAGAGCCCGGAGCCGGCAGUGAUGUCGCCGGCAUUCAGUCGAAGGCCGUCCGCAAUAAAGACGGCGAUUACGUACUGAACGUGGCGUUGUGUGCGGCCUAUUGUACGACAGAGCCCGGAGCCGGCAGUGAUGUCGCCGGCAUUCAGUCGAAGGCCGUCCGCAAUAAAGACGGCGAUUACGUACUGAACGGCCAGAAGAUGUGGAUCACUAACGGAGGGGUCGCCAACUGGUACUUCGUGUUGGCGCGAACCGAUCCCAACCCAAAAACGCCGGCCGGCAAAGCGUUCACCGGUUUCCUAGUAGAGGCUGACAGUCCGGGCGUAACUCCCGGUCGGAAAGAGGAUAUGUUGGGUCAGAGGGCGUCCGACACGCGAGGCGUGAGCUUUGAGAAUGUGAUCGUUCCCAAGAAGAACGUGUUGGGCGAAGAGGGAAAGGGUUUUCGUAUAGCGAUGGGCGCUUUCGAUCUGACCCGAGCGCCGGUGGGUUGCGGUGCCGUCGCUGUGGCGCAGAGGGCUUUCGAUGAGGCGACCAAAUGGAGUUUCGAGAGACACACGUUCGGUGUGCCCAUCCAUCAGCACCAGGCCGUGCAGUUCAUGUUAGCCGAUAUGGCCAUCGGUAUCGAAACGGCCAGAAUGGCAGUGCAGAGGGCGUGUUGGGACUACGACGAGGGCCGUAAGAACACCUACUGGGCCUCCAUAGCCAAGUGCUGGGCCGGCGAUGUGGCCAACAAGACAGCGGCCGAUGCCGUCCAGAUCUUCGGCGGCGCCGGUUUUAAUAAGGAAAUAGGGCAGCUCUUCAACUACUCUCUGCGCUUCUAUAUGUUUAUGUCGCCGAAUAGUAACGGUCUCUUUAUGAUAGCGUCCGUACGUCUCAGAGUGUUUAUCCAAUCGAGAUCGUCGUCGGUCAACUCAAUUGACAUAAAGUCAUCCCACGUCACUGACAGUGGGUUCAGUGGUUUCUCGUCAACACAUUUGGCACACCUUUUGGCCAACUUUUCGAUCAUCUCUUCCUUCUCUUUGACGACGGCUUCAAACCUAUGCUUCCAUUCGUUCCGACAUUUGGGCCAACUUUUCGCUCAUCUCUUCCUUCUCUUUAACCACGGCUUCAAACUUACGCUUCCAUUCGUUGCGCUCAACACAGUUGUGCUGAUCGGCGCUCUCACCCGCCGGCAGACCACACGCGCGGCACAACCGGUGCUCACAAUUGAUCAUGAGUCCUCCAGCGAUGACCGCAUUGCGAGCGCUUGCCGUACGCUUUCGGGUCGCAGUCUUUGUGGGCAACGGAUCUCUACAUUCAGGACAUAUGAUAUCAGAUCCGGAUGUGGACAGCAAUCGGUGGACACAGUUGUAGCAGAAGGUGUGUCCGCAUUGCGUGUCCACAGCGUUGUCGAAGACAUUGAGACAAAUACUACACUCGAGUUGAUCUAUAAAAACACCGAUGAUUUUGCCGUCAGCCGUGAGGUCAGCGAAUCGGUCCGAAGAGAAUGCCAUUCAAUCGGAUCCAGUCUUCACUUCAAAGUCAGCGAUAAUUAA